GCCUCCCAAGCAUAUACUGAUGGUCUUAUAUCUUGCAGCCAAAUCUUGGUUUUUUUUUGGCAGUAUCUCAAGCUUGCCAAUGGGUUUUCUCAGUAAAGUCUCCGAGCUCCGUGCUAGGGCUCGGAGUCAUAAAAAGCUCAAGAAGAACAAGCAGCUACAGACAGUGGAGAUAAAAGUGAAGAUGGACUGCGAAGGUUGCGAGAGAAGAGUGAAGAAAUCAGUGGAAGGAAUGAAAGGAGUCACGAGUGUUGAAGUGGAACCUAAGCAAAGCAAGCUCACUGUUAUUGGCUAUGUGGACCCCAACAAGGUGUUGCAUCGUGUCAGGCAUCGAACGGGGAAGAAGGCGGAUCUGUGGCCGUAUGUACCAUACGACGUCGUCGACCAUUCAUGGGCUCCCGGGGCUUACGAUAGGAAGGCACCACCUGGGUACGUGAGGAACGUGCUGAAUGACCCUGACCCUCAGGCUUCUGCUCUCGCACGCGCCAACUCCACCGAGGUGAAGUAUACGACGGCGUUUAGUGACGAAAAUCCAAAUGCUUGUGUGGUUAUGUAGUCAUGGUAUCAUCUAUUACUUUUUACCUUCUUGCAUUUGUAAAUUUUUGGUUGCUGACCAAAGUAAAUAGUUGACACUGUAAAAAUUGCUUGUGUAAGUUUGUAACCAUGACUGUGGAAGGGUGAAAAUUUGUUGAGCUUUAUGUUAAAAGUGUUAUAAAUAUUGUUAUUUAUAUGACUGUCCACGUAAAUACUCAUUAG